AUGGAAUGGUUGGGUCAGCCUGAAAAUCUUGAGGGACUUGGACUUGAUGUUAACUUAUUGGAAGGUCCGAUCCCCGCUUCUAUUGGGACACUGCAAAAUCUAACUGGUGUGUUUCUAGCAGGAAACAAUCUCAAUGGGACACUGCCAGAGAGCUUUGGGCAGCUUUCAAAGUUGUCGGGGCUUGAUGUUUCUUCCAAUCAGUUGACAGGUACUAUCUCGGAGGCCCAUUUUUUAAAUCUGACUAAUCUGUAUUUCUUGUCCUUGUCUUCCAAUUCCUUUAUUUUUAAUGUCAGUUCAAGUUGGGUCCCUCCAUUCCUAGUCCAUAAUCUUGACAUGGGUUCUUGCAAAUUGGGUCCUUCAUUUCCUGCCUGGCUUCAAUAUCAGAAGGAGCUUAACUUCCUUGACAUUUCAAAUGCUAGCAUUUCAGAUUCCAUACCACGUUGGUUUUGGGAUAUUGCUUCUAAUCUUUCCCUGGUAAAUGUUUCUCGGAAUCAGUUAGAGGGUCAGUUACCAAAUCCAUUAAAUGUAGUCCCCUAUGCAGAUAUUGACUUCAGCUCCAACCUCCUUGAAGGUGUCAUUCCUCUUCCUAGUGAUGUUAUUGAAUUACUAGAUCUGUCCAACAAUAGAUUUUCUGGCCCAAUCCCUCAAAAUAUUAGUGAAUCCAUGCCAUACUUGAUCUUUCUCUCUCUUUCCAGUAACCAACUAACUGGAGAAAUACCAACCUCCAUAGGACAAAUGCAGUUGCUUGAAGUCAUUGAUCUAUCGAACAAUAGAUUGAUAGGAAGCAUUCCUCCAAGCAUAGGAAAUUUCUCUUACAUAAAGGCUUUAGAUCUUGGAUUCAACAAUUUUUCUGGGGUUAUUCCAAGUUCUUUGGGCCAGUUGAACCUGCUUCAAUCACUGCACCUGAACGACAACAUGUUUUCCGGAGAGAUUCCUUCUUCUUUCAAAAAUUUGUCUAGUUUAGAGACCCUGGAUCUUGGAAACAACAGAAUGUCAGGUACUAUUCCAUCAUGGUUCGGAGAUGGUUUCACCAAUCUUAGAAUCCUCAAGUUGAGGUCAAAUGCAUUUCUGGCAGAAAUACCCAGUGAGCUUUCAAAUUUGAGAUCACUACGAGUCCUUGAUCUUGCAGAAAACAAGUUGACUGCCAAAGUCCCAACUAGCUUCGGUGACCUGAAAGCCAUGUCACAAGAGCAUGAAAUAAACAAAUAUCUGUUAUAUGGCUUUUACAGGGGCAGCUAUUAUGAAGAAAGCUUGGUUGUAAAUAUAAAAGGACAAUCUCAAAAAUACACCAAGACUCUAUCCCUUGUGACCUCCAUAGACCUGUCUGGAAAUCAUCUAACUGGAGAGUUUCCAGUGGAAUUAACGAAGCUGUUCGGCCUGGUGGUUUUGAACAUAUCAGGAAACCAAAUCAGUGGUCAAAUCCCAGAAAGCAUAUCAAAUUUGCGUCAAUUGGCAUCUCUUGAUCUCUCAAGUAAUAAGCUUUCGGGUGCCAUUCCUCCAAUCAUGUCUAAAUUAACAUUCUUGAGUUAUCUGAAUUUAUCGAACAAUCAGUUACCAGGUCAGAUUCCUUAUAUGGGGCAGAUGACAACAUUCACCGAGUCUUCUUUUGGGGGAAACCCUGGUCUUUGUGGAGCUCCACUUCUUGUGGAGUGCCCUGGUGAAGAUUCAACCAAAGGACAGACUGAUGAGGAUGGCAGCAACGAUAGCUUCAUUGACAAGUGGUUUUACUGGAGUCUCGGACUGGGAUUUGCUGCAGGUGUUCUUGUCCCUUACCUGAUUUUCGUGAUUAGAAAGCCUUGGCGUGGUGUAUACUUCGAUUUUGUGGACAAAAUUGUUUAUAGAUUAUCCAGGGUGAGCAGAAAGAGACCAGCACACAACAGAAAUCUCCAUCGCCAACGAUAA